ACUGCUUGCAAGAAAUAUAAAAUGCGGUCGAACAGUUUCACUAUCUGUUGCAUUUUGCUGUCCAGCUGGCUGUCUGGCAGUUUGGGUAGCUUUGGUGCCACUAAGUUGAACACAGGUACAACUACAGUUAGCUCCAUCGAUUUGGAGCCCAUCAAUGGCACCAUGAAUUAUCGGUUGUAUGGCAAGAAGGGCAAGGACGAUAAGCCCUGGUUUGAUGACCUCGACAGUCGCCAUAUACAGUGUGUGCGUCGUGGACGCUGCCUGGAAGUCAAUGGAACGCAUAAUACAUGCUUCGGCUCCAAGCUUCCCUAUGCACUCACAAGCCUCAGCUUGACUGAUUAUCGUAAGGAAAAGGAGUUGAACGAAGCUUUGGGUAGUUAUUACGCCUUACGACAUGUACCAAAAUGCUGGGCAGUUAUACAGCCAUUUUUAUGCGCCGUUUUCAAACCGAAAUGCGAGGAAAUUAAUGGCCAAGAUAUGGUCUACCUGCCUUCAUACGAAAUGUGCCGGAUUACCCUUGAGCCAUGCCGUGUGCUGUAUAAUACAACAUUUUUCCCAAAAUUUAUGCGCUGCAACGAAACGCUAUUUCCCAUGAAAUGCAGCAAUGAUGCGAGAGAAAUGAAAUUCAAUGUAACGGGCAAAUGUUUGACGCCUCUCGUGCCGGCUGAUAAUGCAGCGAGCUAUUAUCCUGGCAUUGAAGGCUGUGGCGUGCAAUGCAAGGAUCCUUUGUACACGGAUGAUGAACAUCGUCAGAUACAUAAGCUUAUAGGGUAUGGAGGCACGCUCUGUCUGCUCUCGAAUCUGUUUGUGGUUGCCACGUUUCUCAUCGACUGGCAGAAUGCCAACAAAUAUCCAGCUGUGAUUGUAUUCUAUAUUAAUCUAUGCUUUCUCAUCUCCUGCGUCGGUUGGCUGGUGCAAUUUACUUCUGGCUCUCGCGAGGAUAUUGUCUGUAGAAAGGAUGGCACAUUGCGUCACUCGGAGCCUACAGCUGGCGAGAAUCUCUCUUGCGUUGUAAUCUUUGUGCUGGUCUAUUAUUUUCUAACCGCCUGCAUGGUUUGGUUUGUCUUUCUCACGUACGCUUGGCAUUGGCGUGCCAUGGGCCAUGUCCAAGAUCGCAUCGACAAAAAGGGCUCAUAUUUCCAUUUGGUUGCCUGGUCGCUGCCUUUGGUGCUCACCAUUACCACAAUGGCCCUCAGCGAAGUCGAUGGCAAUGGCAUUGUGGGCAUUUGUUUUGUUGGCUAUAUCAAUCAUUCGAUGCGAGCUGGCCUGCUUCUGGGUCCACUCUGUGGCGUCAUCCUAAUUGGUGGAUAUUUCAUUACGCGCGGUAUGAUUAUGUUGUUUGGUCUCAAACACUUUGCCAACGAUAUAAAGUCAACGUCAGCGAGCAACAAAAUCCAUUUAAUUAUUAUGCGCAUGGGAGUUUGCGCUUUGUUAACAUUGAUUUUCAUACUAGUUGCAAUUGCAUGUCAUCUAACUGAAUUUCGACAUUCGACUGAAUGGGCAGAGAGCUUUAGGGAGUAUAUUAUUUGUCGCAUCAGUUCUGUUUUUGACGAGAAUAGCGCUUGCAAGAUUGAGAAUCGUCCAAGUGUGGGCAUUUUACAGCUGCAUUUGCUUUGUUUGUUUAGCUCUGGCAUACUUAUGUCCACCUGGUGCUGGACGCCAUCCUCCAUAGAGACCUGGAAACGCUAUGUUAAAAAAAAGUGCGGCAAGGAGGUUGUCGAGGAGGUCAAAAUGCCGAAACAUAAGGUCAUUGCCCAAACUUGGGCCAAGCGCAAGGAUUUUGAGGACAAGGGUAGACUCUCUAUAACGCUCUACAAUACGCACACCGAUCCAGUUGGCUUAAAUUUUGAUGUAAAUGACUUAAACUCAUCGGAAACGAAUGAGAUCAGCUCCACCUGGGUGCAUUAUUUACCACAGUGUGUUAAACGUCGCAUGGCUUUGACUGGAGUCACAGCUGGCAAUACGAACUCCUCCAGUCAGGGUCAUCAGGGCGGGCGCAAAAACUCACUGGACUCGGAGAUAAGUGUCAGCGUGCGACAUGUUUCUGUUGAAUCACGGCGCAAUUCUGUGGACUCUCAAGUCUCUGUCAAGAUAGCUGAGAUGAAGACAAAGGUGGCAUCGCGCAGCCGGCAGCAUAGCAAACAUGGUUACUCAAGUAGCAGCAAUAAGCGUACGCAACGACGUCGAGAUUUUAUAGCGGCCACCAAUGGACGUGGACGUGGACGGCGCGAGAGCAGCACCUCGGUAGAGUCACAGGUGAUUGCUCUGAAGAAGACCACCUAUCCGAAUGCUAGUCACAAGGUGGGCAUGUUUGCCCACAGCACCAAAAAGCACAACAGUAGCAGACGACGCAAUGCGGGACUGGAUCCGAGCAUCAUCAACGAUUUUAUACAAAAGAAUGGGCAGUUUAUAUUGCCAUUUCUACAGAAUCAGGGCAUGACCACCUCAUCAGAUGAGGAGGAGAAUUCGCGUGCCUCAUUCAAGAUACAAGAUCUCAAUGUGGUUGUCAAGCAGGAAGAGGAGGACGACGACGACGACGGACCCAAAAUUCAAGAGCUGCCCAACAAUGGCAAUAGCACCAAGGCGUUGGAGCACUUCCUGAAGCACAUGCAAAAGUCCAACGAAUCCAAUUGCAAUGGCAAUAGGAAUUCGCGCAAUUCGCAACGCAGCCGCAAGUCACGUAAGGAGCACAACAAAUCACAUCGCGAAUUGGAAUUGGAUGUCGAUUCGAAUAGCGAUUUUAAGCAGAACUAUGCUAGACAGCUGGCCGCAGCUCUGGAUGUCAAUGGCGACUCGCUGAGCUGUUCCUCUGUGGAGCUGGACAUACCACUCGGCCUGGGAUUGGGUAGCAUGCUACAUAGUUCCUACUCAGGCAAAUCAAAUUCUCGCAAUAGCAAAACCAGCUGUGAUGUAGGCAUACAAGCGAAUCCCUUUGAGAUAGCCAAUCAUACGCUGCCCACCUAUGGCAACGAUGAACUGCAGCAGGCAAUGCGGUUGCUCAAUGCAGCGAGCCGGCAACGCAACGAGCUCAACUGCAACGACGAUGCAACCGAAAUGCAAACGCUGCUCAAUCCGCGACACCAUCAUGGCCACCACCACCAUCAUCAUCAGAAGGAAGCAACUCUGUUGAGUGAAUCGGAUAAACUUAAAAUGUUGCUGCUGCCAUCCAAGUAGAGCAACAAAACGAAAUGCAUUUACUUAAGUUUCUAUAAACAAAAAAACAGAAUCUUCCAUAAUUUUACGAAUACUCAUAGCAAUUAAGUUUACAAGCUUCAAAUUUUACAGAAACACAACACACAAUGCAUGUGCUAUGUAUAAUGACUGUUUCCUUAAACUAGUUCAUAGUUUUAUAUAGUUUUUAUAUAUAUCUAUAUCUAUAUGUAUGUUGUUUUAAAUGUACAAAACGUCGCCCCUUUUGGGACAGCGCACACAACGAAAGCGAACGAAAGUGUAUUACAAAGUGCCUAAAAAAGUUUAUAUUUAAACAUUUUGUAACUAAUAAAACGAUUUUAAAU